CGCUCCGAACAAAAGCCUUAUUUUUUUAUCCCUCCUUUCCCCAUUCUAGACGGAGAGGCGGAAACGGGGCGCUCUGUUGUGGUCAAGCUAGUGGUUGUUCCACAACAAAACCAACACAGGCAGCUGCGGUCAAGUUGGGCCAUUUUGAAACCACCGGUUAAAUCAAAGCUAAUCGGAACCUGUGGGUCCCCGGGUCUACCUGAUGAGCAUGAGCCAGCCUACAGAGCCCGCCACCGACGGUGCCGCCGCUACAGAAGAGGCUAAAAUCACGACAGCUGAGACGGAGAAGAAGGCAGAUGAAGUGGUAGAGGAAGAAGAGGAGGAGGAAGAGUACGUGGUUGAGAAAGUCUUAAAUCGGCGAGUGGUGAAAGGCAAGGUGGAGUACCUUCUCAAGUGGAAAGGGUUCUCCAACAGUGAGGAUAACACUUGGGAGCCAGAGGAAAACCUGGACUGUCCGGAUCUGAUAGCAGAAUAUCUGCAGAAACAGAAAUCGGCACACGAGGGGAAGAGGAAAGCAGUCGGAGACGCAGACGGAGAUGAGAGCAAAUCAAAGAAGAAAAAAGAUGACAACGAGAAGUUAAGAGGCUUCGCUCGAGGUCUGGAGCCAGAAAGGAUCAUCGGUGCCACAGAUUCUACAGGAGAACUCAUGUUCCUCAUGAAAUGGAAGCAUUCUGACGAAGCCGACCUGGUGCCAGCAAAAGAGGCCAACGUGAAGUGUCCGCAGGUGGUGAUCUCCUUCUACGAAGAGAGACUCACCUGGCACUCGUAUCCUUCAGAGGACGAGAAAAAAGAGGAGAAAAACUGAGGCGUAGCCGGGGACGAGCAACAACCCUCUGUUCAGAACUCCGUUGUGCUUUCGAGGGGAGAAAAGACCAGCAAGACAUCGUGGACUCAUUUGUCUUUUUGGUGUAGCUUCACUCAUCUGGUUCUCCUUUUUUUUUAUGUGGACGUAAUCUAAAUAUAUUUGCUUCAGAUUUGCUUGAAAAGCCAGAGCAAAGGAAACAAAGCAACGCAGUGUUAAUUUUUAGCAAACAUUCCAGUGGUUUUGCUUCUGGUACCUUUUCCAGUCUGUGUGUCAUUCAUUUCUCAUCCUCCGUGGAGCUCUAGCUUUAGGCCUGAGGUGGCCGUUUCUAUUGUAAUUGAUCACCAGUAUUAAAAAAACGUCCUUUAAAACCGACAGUAGUUAAACUCACCCAGUUUCCAAGAUGACAGCUGUGGGUCUGUAUCAAACUGAACUUCUUUUUAAACAAAUUCUAAUUUACCUAUGUUCACUUUUAGGGUAAAUUUUAGUUACAUGUUACAUAAAAUUACAAAAGGUUUGUUUAAAAAUGGAGCAUAACCUAUAGAAAAUGUCACUGAUUUUUAAAUUCAGGGAUAAAGAGAGGCAAAGCAGGCGGGUUUUCUUAAUUCUGGAUCUCUAGGCAAUUGUGGGGGAAAAUGAAUGAUACACUGACUGGUUAUUAGUGAGGUGACCUUAUUUCUUGGGUGUUCUACUUGUUUACUGUCGGAUUUCUUUGAUACCGUUUCAGGGUUCAUUUAUAGGUGUGUAUUAACUGCAGGAACCUGGGUAGUCUUCUAGGCUCGUCCUUUUACCCUUCUUGUUUCCACUAUAACAACCUGAGCCAAAUUCACUCCCAAAAGUAGAAGUGGACCCCAGGAAACACACCUGAUAGUUUAAGAACCAACCUGAGCCAUCCGGGUGGGCUUUUUCUGACGGAAAGGUGCUUUUUCCAGCAUUUUAUUUCAGUUUAAAGGUCUUGACAGUCCACAUUUUUCUGUUUAACGUUACAUUUUUACAACAGGGGUAAGCACGAAUCAUCUGAAACCAAAAUUCAAACCCAGUCACUCAUUAAGACUCGGCUUUACAGCGCUUACACUCAAAAACAUGAAUGAAAUCAGCUAACCUUAGUGGAAAUAUUUUCUUCAAUGACAUAAAUAGCGCGCUUCUGUUUUCAUCCCUCUGGAGGCAGAGAGUUUAAACGUGACAAAGGCUUUUUUUUUUCUAACAGAUUAAAACAUGUAAUGUUUGUGUUUUUAUUCUAAGUUACAAAUUAAAACAUGUCCAGCCUUUCAUCAAGGUGAAAGAUGAGCUGAUUGUGUUUGAAAGAAGCCCACAGGACCCACAGUGAAGGCUUUCUAAAAAAGUCUGUGAAUAUUUCUUUUUUUGACUUUAAACAUUUCAAUUGUUUUAGAGUGUAAGCACUAAAAGUGGGGGAAUACAGAAGUCUGAGUCAACUAAAUUAAGUUAAAUUUUGUUGAAGUUGCACUCUGUAGCUGGAGCUUAGAGCGACUUUGGGUAAAUUUUAAUGGCCGUGAUGCUCGGUAGUUGUAGGCUUUUAAACUAUAAAUCCAGUUAAACAAUCUCAGAUUACAGUUUUAUUUGUAUGAUUAAAUUGUUUCAGUCUCCCGUUACCAUCUUUGAUUAUUUGAAAAGUCUUUGCAUGAUUGGCUGAUGACUAUGGAGGAUUAUUAGUGGCUGUAGUGCAACUCCCACUUUUAAUUUACAUUAUGUAUAACAGAACCUUCUGCCGCAGAGGAACAUCUGCAUUAGCAGCUAUUAUUUACACCCCACAGUGGCCAGGGUAUUAUUAAAGGUUCCAGAAAAUUUUAUUUUGGAGGACUGCGCUGGGUUUUGUAGUUAAAGCACACCUUAAGCUGCUUUGUUUCUUUGUUUGAUGUUAGAUUACAAAUCAUUCUGUGAAUAAUUUGUUCAUUGUAUUCUUCCUAGUGUUUUUCCAAUGCUUUACUUGUCACUUUUGGAAAAUAAAACCAAUUUUUGUUA